UCACUCCUCCUUACCAUUGUAGUACCAAGUUUCCAUGCCCCCAAAUCUCACCUUUCACCAACUCUCCUUCUACCCCUCUCUCUCUCUCUCUCUCUCUCUCACUCCAAGAAACGUCACUGUGUUUGCUGGAAAAAUUACCCCUUUUUUUCAUUUUCCAUAGCUUUCUUGGUCUAGAUUAGCAAAAGAACCUGCAUUGUAUCAGCUCAUCUCUGCAGAAAUCUUGAGAAAAUGUGGAAUCUUGCAAAAACCCAUUGUGGGAUUUUGAGUUAUGCUGGGAUUUCGUGAUCUUCUUACAGGGUUUUUGUGCUAUGGAGAAGCAAAAUAGGCUUGUGGAUAAGUCACAUUUUGGUGUGAAAAGACAAUGUGAAGGGUGAAAGUUUGAGUAUCUGGUGUCUGAACUGUGUGUAUAUGUUUGUGUGUGAUGAUGGUGGCUGCUGUUUCUGGUGGAGGAGGAGCAGCUUCAACAACUGGCCCACAAAACCCCAAAACAAUUUCUCGAGAUGAGACUCAAACUCACCAAAGAAGACCUCCACUGCUGCCUUCUGAGAAGGAUAAUAAUGGUAUUGACAACCCAAAAAGGCCUAAAUCAAGAGUUGUUUCUUCAAGGUACAUGUCCUCUUCUCCUUCCACUUCUACUUCAAAUUCUUCCUCUGCAUCUUCGUCAUCAGUUUCCUCUAGAAGAUUCCCAUCCCCUUUAGUUUCAAGGAAUUCCACUGCCGCGUGGAAUUCUCCUGCUUUGGUGCCAAAAAGGUCAGUUUCUGUCGACCGGAGGCGGCCGGUGACAGCAGCUAGGCCUUUAACACCCGAUCUUGAUGCCAAACAAGGCAAUGCAGGUGGUGGUGAACCUUCAGCUGCUACAAAGCUGCUGGUCACUGCUACUAGGAGUUUAUCAGUUUCUUUUCAGGGGGAAGCCUUUUCGCUUCCAAUUAGUAAGACUAAAGCUGCCCCGCCUUCACCUAAUUUGAGUAGUGUGAGGAAGAAUACACCAGAAAGGAGGAGAAGUAGUACUCCUUCAAGGGUGAAGGGUGAUGGGGGUGGAGAUCAAGUUGAAAAUUCCAGGCCCAUUGAUCAGCAUCGGUGGCCGGCUAGGACAAGACGGGCAAAUCCCUUAUCUAGAAGCUUAGAUUGUAGUGGUGGGGAGCGGAGUAAGCUCAUUGGAUCUGGGAAUGUUAUUAGAGCAUUGCAGCAAUCCAUGAUUGAUGAGAGAAGGGCUUCAUUUGAUGGAAGGCUGAGUAUUGAUUUGGGCAAUGCUGAGCUUUUGAAGGCAGUUCAGGAUGCCCCAGAUGGAAAUUCAGUCAAUAAUGAAUCAUCUGUGCAGUCUGAUCUUACUGCAUCAGAUACAGAUAGUGUUUCUUCCGGUAGUACUUCUGGAGUGCAAGAAUGUACUGGGGUUUCCCAUGCUAAAGGUGGACCUCGUGGAAUUGUUGUUUCAGCUCGCUUCUGGCAAGAAACUAAUAGUCGGUUGAGGAGGUUGCAGGACCCCGGGUCACCUUUGGCAACUAGUCCUGGUUCAAAAUUGAUUGUGCCACCAAAGUUGAAGAAGUUCCCUAGUGAUGGUCCCUUAUCAUCACCACGAACAAUGUCAUCACCUAUUCGGGGGCCUAUAAGAGCUUCAUCUCCCAGUAAGCUUAUGACCUCAGUUGGAUCAUCUCCUUCACGAGGAAUGCCUAGUCCAUCUCGGGUCAGAAAUGCUGUUAGUACCAUUAAUAGUAGUUUUAUUGAGACACCUUCAGUUCUCAGUUUUGCUGUUGAUGUUCGGAGGGGGAAAGUUGGGGAGAACAGAAUUGUUGAUGCUCACUUGUUGAGACUUCUAUAUAAUCGACAUUUGCAGUGGCGUUUUGGAAAUGCUAGGACUGAAGCAACCUUGCUGGCGCAGAAACAUAGUGCAGAGAAGAGUCUGUGGAAUGCUUGGAUAACAAUCUCAGAUCUACGUGAUACAGUCACAAAGAAAAGACACAGGUUACAGUUGCUGAGGCAAAAAUUGAAGUUAGCCUCCAUUCUCAAGGGACAAAUAACUUGUUUAGAAGAUUGGGCUUCUUUGGAUAAAGAUCACUCUAUCUCUCUGCUAGGAGCAAUUGAAGCGUUGAAGGCUAGCACUCUUCGCCUCCCUGUUGGUGGAGGGGCUAUUGCUGAUAUUCAAAGCUUGAAGGAGGCAGUUGGUUCUGCAGUGGACAUGAUGCAGGGAAUGGCAUCUUCAAUAUGUUCUCUUCUGCCAAAGGUAGAUGAAGUGAAUUCUCUAGUGAUUGAACUUGCAAAAGUGACUGCAAAAGAGCGAGCUUUACUCGAACAAUGCAAAGAUUUCUUGGCUGUGCUAGCAGCCAUGCAGGUGAAAGAUUGUAGUUUGAGAACACACAUCUUACAACAUAACCGUGUAUGAACAGCUUGACAUGACAUUGUACAACUGAUCCUUGUGACUACCGACUCUAAUGCUAACAUAGAAGAACUAAAACCAUUCGGUCCAAAGGCGGAGAUGGCUUUGGCGGCAAUAGUGAUGCAACAACAACUGAUUAGUUUUGCUUCUCAACCGACAUUUUUUGGGGAAUAAUUGAGGUCAGUCUUCUGCAGUAUUGUGCCUUAGCAUCCAGAGUUAGAGGAAAUGUCUUAAUCAGUAAUUAGUUGUGUACACAUUUCUUUUUCUGUUUCCCCUUUCUUGAGGGAAAGAGAAAACUUUGUGUAUAUAUAUCCAUCAUAUUAUAUAUUUCCUAAUGAAAUUCUUGUUCACCAGUAGUUGCUAUCA